AUGCAACCCAGCUGCCCAACCUCCAUAGGGCGGGCGGCAUGGGACGGCAGUGGGCGGCGGGGGUGGGAGCUGCUGCUGGCAGAUGUGGUGGAUGGCGCCAAUAACCGGUCGCAUUUAUUUCUGGUGCGGUACCGGCAGGCGAGAGUGGGGGACGAGGAGUGGGAGGCGCUGCAGGUGGGGGCGGCCAAGUCAUUUGCGUGGGAGGAUGGCCGCGGGCUGCGCCUGCAGGAGCUCAUGGUGGACGGCGCGCACUCCUCCACGGCGUGCCGCAUGGCCAUCGACGACCCCAUCGUGCUCGAGCCCGCCACUAAUGCCUCUCGCCGCCCCGUGGCGCCGCUGCUCGUAACCGUCGUCAGAGAGCCCGCUCCGUCGGGUGGGGGGUGUGUGAUGCGUGUGUGCCUGCACGACCGGCGCCCCUCCGACCCCUCCCUUGUCCACCUCGUCAUCUCCCUCACGCCAUCCUCCCUCCUCACCGCGCCUCCCCCCGCCCUCACGGUGGGGAGCGAGGGGUCCAGCGCGGUGGCGACAGCAGAGGGGGCGGGGUGCGGAGGGGAGCGGCAGGUGGUGGUGGUGGUGGAGGUGGAGGAGUGUGGUGUGUCGGUGGUGGACGCCACCCCCGAGGAGCUGCUCUACAUCUCUAUGACCGGCGCCCUCCUCUCCUUCGACUCCACCUCUCCCUCCUCUGCACGCCCAGGCACCUCGGGGGGAAGUGGGUCGGGUGGGGUGAGCCGGGUGAAGCUGCAGUUACCGAGUGCCGCCUGGCUGGUGAACAUCCACGAGCCAAUCAUCUGGCGUCUCGCUGACAUGGUCAAGCGCCUCUCCGCCCACCGCCUCGACGCCCCCCCGCAACCCACCUCCGUCUCCCUCGACCCGCACGGGUGGCUGAAGCUGACGAUGGCCAUGUCCCCGCUGCACCGGCCGCGCUACAUGAUGGGCUUCUGGACCUCUGUGCUCACCUCUAUGGGCAACACCGAUGAGAUGCCGAUCCGCCUGUCCCCGCGUGUGCGGGAGGGGGUGGUGUUGCGGCGCAGCCAGGUGUGGGCGGAGGCGGGGCGCAGUGUGAGCAACGACCUGCUGGCGCAGCCGUUCCGCCUGCUGUCGGGGCUGGACGUGCUGGGCAACGCGAGCAGCGUGGUGGGGCAGGUGAGCAAGGCGGUGGCGGGCAUGGGCAUGGACCGCGCCUUCAUCCGCGCGCGCCACAAUCACGACGCCAAGGCCGCUGUCGGCUCGCUGGGCGACGCGCUGUGGGAGGGCGAGGAGGCGCUGGCCAAGGGGCUGUUCUGCGGGGUGACGGGCAUCCUCACCAAGCCCAUCGAGGGCGCGCGGGACGGCGGCGUGGAGGGCUUUGUGGCGGGCAUGGGGCGCGGGCUGAUCGGGGCGGCGGCGCAGCCCGUGAGCGGCGUGCUAGACCUGGUGAGCAAGACCACGGACGGCGUCAACGCGGAGCGCACACGCCUCUCCGCCGCCAUGACCGCCAAGCUCGCUCUGCGGCGGCGGCGCCUGCCGCGUGCCAUCCGUGGCGACCACGUGGUGCGGCCGUACGACGAGUACGCGGCGCGCGGGCAGACCAUCCUGCAGCUGGCGGAGUGGGGCGCGCUGAUGGGCGCGAGCGUGUUUGACAUCCGAGAGAAGGGCAUGUUCACCCUCAGUGAUGUCUAUGAAGACCACUUCCACCUGCCGGCGCCCCGCAUCCUCAUGAGCACCCACCAGCGCACCAUGCUGCUCGAGGUGCUUGGUGGGAGGGGGGGUGUGGGGGGAAAUGGAGAGGGGCGGGAGGGAGGACGGAGGGAGCUGGUGUUCGUUAGCAACCGGGCGGUGGAGGGUUGGCGGGGGGGGCGCAAGCCGGACCUGACGAGGGAGGCGUGCAGCAUCGUGUGGGUGGUGGCGUGGGGCGACCUGUUGUCGCUGGAGGUCAUGCGCGGCCGUGAUGAGCCACCCUCCGCGCCGCCGUCACGGGUGGUGCUGCACCUUCGGGAAUGGUCGGCAGACGUGCGGCUGCUGGACGCCAAGGAGAUCGCCCGUGUGGUGCUGUGCCAGGCGGGCACAGAGCAGGCACAGCAAGUGCGAGAUGCCAUCCAGCACGCCCUUGACCAGUUCGGCCCCGAUCGGGCCACUGUCGCUGCUCAGACGCGCAAGCGGCGGCAGGAGAGUCGGCCGUACACGGGGGCGGGGGCAGGGGCGGCAUCAGGGGCAGCGCUGGGGCUGCUGGCGGGGCCAGCAGCGCCGGUGGUGGUGCCGGUGAUGGCGACGUUUGGAGCGCUGGUGGGCGGGGCGGGGCAGGUGACGCUGGAGGCCGUCAGCCACGGUGACCUUGCCCCCCCCUCCUCCCGCCACCGCCCCUCCCUCGCUGCACCUGCCUCCGGCCCCGCUCGCCCGCGUGCCAUGACGGGCAGAGGCAGCUCCGGGGACGUGGCAGGGGCGGACGAGAAUGGGCCGCCUACCAUUGUGGUGAAGGCAUUCAAGCUGAUGUGGUGGGACAAGGGAGCGGUGUGGAGCCAGAAGUUCCCUGUGUCCAUCUGGCGCCCCAUCCUGCGCCCGGGGUAUGUGUCGGUGGGGGACGUGGCAACACCAGGGUACGACCAGCCGGCGCGCAGCACCACUUUUGAGUCGAAUCAAAAGUCAACUUGCCCCCCCUUUGCCGUGCCACGGCAGGUGUGGCGGGACACGGACAGCAGGGCGUGCACGCCCGUGACCAUCUGGGCGCCGAGGGCGCCGGAGGGGUAUGUGGCGGUGGGGUGCGUGGCGGUGCCCGACUGCUACGAGCCUGACCGCAGCGCCGUGGCGUGCGUGGCGGCGGGCGCAGUGGGUACGGCGGAGCUGGGGCGGCUGCCCAUCUGGCGCGACCGCAAGGGCGCUGCGCUGUGGAAGUUCAGCCUGUGGCAGGUGCACAACGCCGCGCGCACCUUCCUCGCACGGCGCGACCAUGAGAGCCCACCACUAGGCAUGGCCUUUGAUGUGAAGGUGGAGGACACACACACAGAUGCACGCAAUGCCACCUCUGUGCACACUGGGUAG